AUAGUGAGCGAGCAUGAGCGAGUAUCUUUGGUUUUCAGUUUUUGAGGUUGAUUGAAAAUUAAAUGUCAAUAGGUUUUAUUUAUUUAAAUUUUUUUGCCAUUCCUAGUUCUUUCCAUUGAAAAUGUAUAUUGGAAACCUUCAAAAACUUACUUCAAUAAGCUAAAGAUUAUAUGCAUAUAAUGGGCCAGUGAUCUGAAUUAAAAUUAUUCUAGAAUUUAUUGAAAUUAUUAGGUAUUAUUUUGAUACAUUCGUAAUGCUUGCAUAACAUGCCCCUGACUCCCGGCUAUUGUAGUUAGCCGCUCGCAUAAAUAUGAAUAGUUUAUAUAUAAAUUAUUUAGUGAAUUCGUGUUUAAAGUUAGAUCUGAACGCGAAACGUAAAUUAUUAUUGAAUAACGUUCAUAAAAAUCACAAUUUUGUCAACCAGAAAUGUUUAUUUAAAGCUAGUGCCUGUAGUUCGUUACGCCAAACAGAUGUUGUUCAAGCUUUCAAGGAUGGUCUUACGAUUCUCCCUUCUCCACAAGAAGUCACUGUCAUACUGCGGAAAAAUGAAUUUAACAAAGAAUUCACUGAAGGGUCUGUUAAGGCUUACGACUCCAACCAGCUCGCUUCCAAUCAUCCUAUUGAAGAUACAAGAUGUGAAGCAACGUGCACUAUGUCUUCAGGAAUUCUGAUGGGUGUAUUUGAUGGGCAUGGAGGGCCGCAAUGCGCCCAGGUGGUGUCGAAGCGACUGUUCAACUACAUAGCAGCUUCGCUUCUUCCAACGGAUGUCCUCAAAUCGUUUCAACAAAGUGGCUUACCAGUAGAUAAAUUAGUGACAACAUUUAAUGAUAAGAUGGAAAUGAAAGAAGAUUUACGAGAUAAAUACAGUAAUAGUUUCAAGCAAUAUUUAGCAGAGCUGACCAAAGUACCUAGAGAAGUAGAUGUUGAGGCGUCGUUACAGAGAGCUAUAAUGAGAUUAGAUAGUGAUUUAUCUAAAGAGGUUCUUGAUUCUUACGAAGCAAACGGCGUUGUCAAUCCGAGGAGCCUGUACGUGGCCCUCUCAGGGGCGGUAGCGUGCGUCGCGCACAUCGACGGCCCGAAUCUGCACGUUGCUAACGUGGGCGAUUGUAAUGCGGUGCUGGGCACUAUGACAGACGAAAACGAAUGGAUAGCCAAAAAGAUUACCAAAGAGCACAACGCCGAAAACUUCGAUGAACUUAAAAGAAUAUGGAAUGAGCAUCCCGAUAGUGAAAGGAAAACCGUAAUAAGAAGAGACAGGCUUCUGGGCGAGCUGGCACCACUACGCAGCAUAGGAGAUUACAGAUAUAAAUGGCCUGCAGAACUUUUAAAUAAACUAGCCGCACCAUUUAUAGGGCCUAAAGCAGUACCUGCAAAUUAUUUCACUCCCCCUUAUCUGACAGCGAUGCCGGAUGUCUAUUACCAUCGUCUUACACCAAGAGACCAGUUUCUAAUAAUCGCUUCAGAUGGCCUCUGGGACAUGAUGUCACCAUUGCAAGCUGUCAAAUUAGUUGGUGAGCAUAUGAAAGGAAAAGUUUUUUUUAAUCCACUAAAUUUGCCGAAAAAAAAUAUCCAACUUGGUGCCAUUGAUGAACUUUUGUCGCAUAGGAAAGAAAGUUUGAAGAGUAAGCCUAAAGAUAAGAAUGCUGCGACUCAUCUUAUCAGGCAUGCUAUUGGAGGCACGGAGUACGGCGUGGAUCACUCGAGACUGGCGCACCUGCUCAGCCUGCCUGCCGACGUGAGCCGCACCUUCAGGGACGACAUGACGGUCACCAUCGCCUACUUCGAUCCCGAGUACCUUAGGCAGUGUCCUUCAUAAACAUUUUAAACGAUAUCCUGUGCCUUUCAGUUAUUUUAUCGAGAAGCCUCACUAGCGCGCCUGAUUGCGCCGCUGGACAAUCACAUCUGUAGGUUAAGUAACAUUAGAAUAUAGAGCUAUGGCGGUAGCAAUCAAACAUUGCCUGUGAUAUAUCAGCAUUGCAUUGAGUGCCUUUGUGACGCGCUAUCGUGGCCUCUCGGUGACGCGUUUACCGUAAUCAAAUGUGUUUGCCUAUUUACAUUAAAACUGACGUCAAUUUUGUGUUUAAACAUAUUUUUGUGUGUGUUAAGAAUAUUAUUGUUUUUAUUAUUGCUGGCGCCCAUUAUUAUUUAAGUAGGUAAUUUAUAAAAUUUGUAAGUAAUAAUGACUAUUGUAAUGAAAUUAGAAAAAUUAUUGGUGCAUUUAUACCUCAAUUAAUAAUUAGAAUUGUAUCAUUCUAAAAGUGGAUUUUGAAAAUGAGAAUCUAUUAAGAAACUUGUAGGUUUCUUAAGGUUACUAUUUGUGAAUAUAUUAAUCAUUUUAACAACGAAAUAUUAUCUCUUAUUCAUUAGGAUUUCAUAUUUGUAAGAUCGCAGAAUAAUUAGAUUUUUUCAAAUUGGAACGAUAAAUUAUUUGUUGCCAUGUAUGCUGCAUAGACUCGCGGUGCUGAUGCGUCAAAAGUCAUACGUACGGUCCAGGAGUACUGGCGAGACGGCCUGUAUGUCGUGUACCACUUUACUGCUCCGCCUAACGGCCGUAAAGCCAUCACUAUCUCUUCGGCUUAUCACCAGCAUUUUCUUAAAGAAUUGAGUUAGAAUUUCUAUAAUACCAUACUUUCCCGUACUGUUGACUAUUGACGAGUCAGGGACGCCAGUCAGCCGUAUGUGGUCGAUCGUUUAGGAUUUAACUCCAAUGUUUUUUUUUCAAGAAACGUAUUUAAAAGUGAUUGGAACAUCCUGUACGUAAAAUGUGACCCGCGCCCACUGGUCGUCUUUUCACUUUGCUCGGUCUUGAGCAAUUGAUGACCUUGGUCAGAUCGGUCACGUAGUGUAAUAUGUAAAUUUUUAGAAAAUACAUUACAAUGUUAUCGAAAUUGUAAAGUAUAGACCUGUACUGCGUAUAUACCUAUUUAUGACUAUGGUAAUUUUAUACAGAAUUAGCACAAAUAUUCAGUAAUUGUAUCUUAGGGAUUUUGCGCCUUUUAAAAUCUGACAUUAAGAAUAGUAAUCUAUAUUUUUAUAGAAUUUGAGGCAGUCACAAGUGCAUUGUUUAUUAUAAAGAAAGCAAUAAAAUAAAAAGCAAUCUAUUUAACAAACAAAAAUAAUUAUUAGUAGAUUUUAAAUAUGAUUCCACUUAUAUUUAUAUCAAAACAUUCAUACAUCCCAAAAUGUUCAAUAUUUGUAAUACUCACAAUGUGAUCACCAAUUAACAGAUUCUAAUUAAAUGAUGUUACUAUAUAGUAUAUUUACAUGCAAAACCAAUAUUCAAAGCAGUGUACCUAGCAUCAGACCAGAUAUAUUUAAAUUGGAGCUAAUGAGCCUUAUUAUUGCUACAUUUGUAAAUGCUAUGUAAGCUAUAUUUUAGUAGAUAUUAAAGUUGGUUCACGAAAUAUUUGGUAUUGCAUAAAACUACCUUCGAGGCCCUCCAUGCGAUCAAAGAUUGAAGGCUGUAGAUGGAAAUUGUAUGAUUUAUCCCUAAAAUAAUAACAAAAAGCUUUUAUGGUUAAAAAGUAUGGCGAGAAUGAUGAAACUCAAAAAUGAAGGCCAGAUAAAAAUAAGCUGUUUCACACAUGCUGUCGCUCAAUUGUAAGCUGUAACUGGCAUGCAGCCGAAUAUCCAAUGACUGCAAACAAGUGCCAUAAUACUUUCUUGGCCUCGUUUUAAAAAAUGUAAUAAAAUAUGAUAUUUAUAAUUUAAUAAUAUGUGUUCUAAUUUUUAAUUGUAUGAUUGUAUUUUAAAUGAUUAUUAUUAAAAAAAAUAUAUGAAUGAUGUUACUUUCAAUGACAUAUUAAUUGUAACUAUUAUGGGCUAUUUAUUUUAAUUUGUAAUUGUAUCCUGUUAUGUUAAUAUUAUGCAUACUCUUUAUUUUAAAUCAUUGGCAUGAGCGUACCAGGUUUUGGAGGGGGCAAAUCAUAUUUUUUAUGUUAAUAUAAUGUUUUAAUGCUAGUGUUGUUGUUUUGUUAAAAGCGCGAAUUGCUAUAAAUAUAGUGUGGGAGCCUGCAAGAAACUUUUUCGAAACUGUUACCUUGGUCCUGGUAAGCAAAGGGGUCCAGAAAGAACUGGUGGGUUUUAGCAGCAAACAUCUGACAUUCUCCUUCCCGUUGUUUCUGCGGGUCCCUCUCGCAAUAGGCACAACGGGAAGGAGAAUAAUGGGACAGUGAGGGGUAAUCUUAGGAUGUCUCAUGCCUAAAAAGGGGUGGGGGCCCUUUGUCCUCCCCUGAGUACGCUCAUGGUUAUGGAUAUUUAAAAAACCUUUUAUAUUAAUCAGACAAAGCUCGCACGUAGCUGCUAGUUGGCGCCUGUAAGUUGUAAGUAACAAAAAGUAAAAUUGUAUUAGUGUAGGCUGUUAUAUUUAUUGACAUGAUGAUUCAUUUGGAAAUAAAAAAAUAUCUUGAUUGAAUGACUUUA